AACAGAGUCGUAUAAUCAAAAGCACGAAUCACAGUAAACCCUAUUAAAAAAAGUAUGCAGCUCCAUAACUGCAGUUGCAGCUGCAUAAACAACCCACGAUGGAUAACAAGAGAAAACUCCUGUACCCAUUGUGUACUCAAGCAAUCAUAAUCAUUACAAAUCGCAGAACGAUCCAGAGCAAAUGCAAAGGAUGGGAUCCACUUCCUCUUGUUCUGCAAUCUGGGUUCCAAUGAGGUUCACUUUUACAAGUAAAAUCAGCAGCUCUACAGCCCAUCAGUACGCACUGGAAGUAAAAAUCAUCCAACAAGUACAUGGUUUGCUGCAACAAAAAAGGUGGGUUCCUGCACAAUCGGCAAUAAGGUCACUUGUCCUUCUCAAGACCUCCAAUACAACACCCCAUGCUCUAUUUAAAACAUUCAGGCAUGCUUCUCAAUCAAAUCCAGCAGUUUUUAACUUGGUGAUGAAGGCCUAUGUGGAAGCCAGGAUGGUCUCAGAGGCAGCAGAAACCUUCUACCUAAUGAAAAAUCAUGGUAUAGUGCCUUUUCUUUCCUCCUGCAAUUUUCUUCUUGAAGCUGUGGUUGUUUCUAGGCUGCCUGAUAGGGCUUGGGAAAUUUUCUCUGAGAUGAAAUCUAUGGGCAUAACUCUUAAUGUUUUUAGUUUUAAUAAAGUGAUUCAGGCCUUUUCUAAAGAAGGGCAGUCAGAUAAUGCUGUUGAGUUGCUUUAUAAAAUGGAGGAAAUGGGCUGCCAGCCUGAUGCUUUUUCUUAUAAUGUCAUUAUCAAUAGUUUCUGCAAAAGGAAACAGAUGGAACAGGCAGGUAAGCUUUUUGCGGAAAUGUUAGACAGGGGUUUGGUUCCUAAUCAUAUUAGCUAUAAUACUCUGAUUGAUGGUUAUUGUAAAUGUGAGCAUCUAGAAGAGGCUUUUAAAAUAAAGGAAGUUAUGUUCAAACAAGGUUUGAGGCCUAAUUUGGUCACCUAUAAUUCCUUGAUCAAUGGGCUUUGUAAAUGUGGUAGAUUAGAGCAAGCCAGAGAGCUUCUCAUUGAAAUGCAUGAGCAGAAAUUGGAACCAGACAAUGUUAGUUAUAGCAUAUUGAUUAAUGGGCAUUCAAGACAUGGAGAUAUCCAUGGGGCUCUGGUGUUACACAGUGAAAUGAUAAGAAUGGGUAUUGAAAUAAGUGUUUUUACUUAUGACGUUUUGGUGAAUGCACUUUGUAAGCAGGGUAAAAUGAUGGAAGCAGAAGGGAUUUUGAAUGAAAUGAUUGGAAAAGGGAUGAAUACAGAUGAAUUUGUUUAUAAUAUUCUGAUGGACGGGUAUAUUGAGGCGGGGAAUACUGAGGAAGCUCUUGGCUUAUAUCGGAAAAUGGGAACAAGAGGUAUUUUGCCUAGUGCCGUUACCUACAAUACUCUAAUCAAGGGGUUUUGUAGGAAACUUAUGAUUAAAGAGGCUUUAAAUCUUCUAAAAGAGAUGCGCAAAGUGGGUUUGGUUCCUGAUACUUUCACAUAUAAUACGUUGAUUGAUGGGUAUACCAAAGUUGGCGAUAUCUGGAAAGGUUUCAACCUGCUUGAAGAGAUGCAGGUAAAGGGCCUUGCACCAAAUGUUGUGACAUAUGGUGCACUGAUAAAUGGAUUGUGUAAAGAAGGCAGGAUGUGUGAAGCUGAGGACCUUUUGAAAGAGAUGGUGGAUAGAAGUAUUGCACCGAAUGUACAAGUGUACAAUAAUUUGAUUGGUAGGCACGCUGCAUUAGGUAACAUGGACGAAGCUUUCAGGUUGGAGAAGGAAAUGCAGACUAAUUGCAUAAUGCUAAAUGAGUCUAUUAUAAAUGAGCUUCACAAGGAAAACAAGAUGUUAGAAGCAGAAGAUCCUUGGAAAUGAGCCGUCAAUGAGAGUAGUCUUCCUCAAUGAUUGAUGAUUAUGUCAUUUAAAAUGGAAAAGAAAGGCCUUGGGCUAAGGCAUGACUAAACUUACCAUGGAUUGAUGAAAUUGCUUUGCAGGGAAGAUAUGAUGCACAAAAUGGAAAGUUUAUGUAAUCAGCCUAUUGGGUGCUGGAGAAGAAUCUACCACCGGUAAGUUACCGCUUCAUAGGUAGUAUACAGGUCUUGGAAUCUGCACGAAAUAUGAAAUAUCACAACUAGAGAUAAAUGAAAGUAAAUAGUCUUUUGGCUACGAAAUAACAGAAAGCGUUUUGCUUAUAGGGCUUUGAAGUUUGAAUUGAAAGGAAAAUGUGAUUAGUAUUAUAUUUUCAUUCAAAUGGUGGACAAGGAAGCAGUUCUAGUGCUCAGAUUUGCAAUAGCUCAUAGAUGAGCAUUCUAGCCUAACUAAGCAAUUGUAUUCAAGCUAUCAUUCUGCAUGAAGAUGUGGUAGAAAAUGGUCCUAUAAUCGGUGUGUUUUGAGUAUUAUUCAAGGGAAAAUGUGGUUAGUACAACAUUUUCAUUCAAAUGGUUAAUAAGGAAGCAGUUCCAAUACUUGUACAUGCAAUAGCACAUAGAUGGACAUUCCAGGCAAAAUAAUUACUUCAAGCUAUCAGUCUGCAUAAAGAUGUGAUGGAAAAUGGUCUUAUACAUUCAAGCUAUCAGUCUGUACAAAGAUGUGAUAGAGAAUAGUCUUAUAUUUUGUACAUUUUGAAGUUUCUAUUGAAGGAAAAUGUUUAUACUUACAGAAGCUCAUAGAUGGGCAUUCUAAACUUAAAAAAAUGGAUUCAAGCUAUCAGUCUGCGUAAGAUGUGGUAGAAAUUGGUUUUAUACUCAUUGCACUUGCUUACAACGAA